UGCGCACCUACACCCCCGAGGCUGACCGGACUUAGCCAGCUUAGCGGCGCAGGGAAGUCCGCCUGGUACCACGCGCCGCAGUUUAUGCGUCAGCUCCUUGCUGAAGAACAAUUGAAACUGAACUUUACUAUCAGCGGCUGGAAAUUCUCUGAAUCGGUCUAGGGUCGUCCGCAUUUCUACUUGGCCUUUAGGCAUUUUAUCGCCCAUUGGCACAGCAAGUGCUUCCAGUCAGCUCAUUGAUUGACAUGAGAUUUUUACACAUUCUUCACUUGUGGUGGAUAGUGGAAGCUACAAUCACUUACAUUGGCUAGUGAGCCGCAUCUGCCCUUCUUCCGAAUCAACAUUAUGGAGACAUCUAACUCCACGCCUGCUCGGUCUAAACCCCAGUCUCGAGCAUGUGAGGCGUGUAGGGCGGCAAAGAUACGAUGUCAAAUAGGCCCGCAGCCUGGCAUUUGUAAGCGGUGUUCUGACUUUAAGCGUGAAUGUAUAUUUCGGACAGGGCCACGGGUACGAAGAGCUAAGGUUGCCAGAGGCGAACUGGAGCUUCCGCCACCGCCUGGACCGAGCAAGACCUUCAGUAUUGAUUUCAGCAUGCCUGCUGAUGAGGAGCCAGCAGCGAGUUUCGACGACUUAAGGGAUCAGCACGAGCGUUUUAUUGACGACUUGGUGCCGUCAAGCGAGGAAGAGGCAGAAGCCGCCUCAAUGUCUUCGUCAGCUGCUCCAGCUUUCAGCUUCGCCGACCUACCUACUCCAACAUCGAUCGCCAGCUCUAGGUCUAGGCCAAUGGUAGGCCUUGGCAUUAAACCACAAUUCAAUCUCGAUUCUGCGGAGAAGCUCUUUCGGACAUUCAAGGGCAUGCUGCCGUCGUGCCCAUGUAUCGUACUAGGAGAAGACGCUAGUGUCAGGACAAUGGCGAGAGAUUCACCUUUCGUGCUUUUAGCUAUACUCGCUGCGACAAGCUCUUCUACAAGUCUCCAAGGUCAUAGUCUCUAUGAUGAAGAGUUCCGGAAGGUCCUGGGACUAAAAUUCGUCACCGGUGGCGAGAGAUCGUUAGACCUUCUGCAAGGUAUAUUAGUAUACUGUGCCUGGUAUCCCUUUCAUCUACGACCGAAACACCGCCAGGCAAUCCAGUAUCUCAGAAUGGCCACUGAUAUUGCACACGAUCUUGGUCUUGACGAGGAAGAAACUUUUGCUGCCAUACUACAAACCGGGCCCAGUCUCGAAGAUCUUGCAAGCUUUCGAGCAUUUAUAAGUUGCUAUUAUCUGGCCACCACAUUCUCAAAUUCAUUUUCGCGAACCUUGAUUUUCCCGUUCACGGCCUGGCUCUCAAAUUGCUGCGAUCUUCUCGAGCGAUACAGCGCAAUGGAGCAAGACCAUGUGUUAGUAUGGCUGGUACGGUUACACCAUAUAUCCGAUGAGAUACUUGCCUUGCAAAAGAGUUCGCGGAAAUCUGGUUUCCAGAAUGAGCACCACCGGCAGCUUAUUCGAAAAGGUCUAGAGACACAACUGCGAGAAUGGCAGAGCCAAAUUCCAUCGACGAUCGCACUAAUGCCAUGCGUCAUGAUGUCAAGCCUCGUCGAUGACAUGCAAGUUGUGGCAUCUCCAUUGAUGAGUGCAUACCGUCCACGCACUGGAGAAAUAGACCCAGCCUUGGAUCCGAGCCGGCUGAUGAACGUUGUUCACACGGUCAGGGCUUUCUUCGACAUGAUCGUCGCACUACCGGCCGAAGUUAUGAGUCAGUUCUCGAGCGCUGACUGGUUGCAUGUGAUUGUUGCAAAUAUUCUGGCCUACCGCCUAUCCUUGCCGAUUGAUAUAUGUCCCGAUUUUGACGCCUCCCAGGCACGGCAGAUGCUCGACUACGGAUCCUACCUCAGCAAGCUAUGUUUGGGUUCUACUGAGGAUCCCAAGAUGGCUGGAGGACAAAAGACCGAUGUUUGCACAGCGUUUCGCGUAGUUCUACAGUCUCUCAAGACCAAAUUCGACAAAAAGGUCGCCACUGCAGUCGCAAAGGAGGAAAUAAGGAGGAAGGCGCAAGAAUGUCCGAUGUUUGACGGCAGCCUGGACGAUUACAUAUCGCUAUGGGAUGGACAUGGCUUGACGUCGGGCUCUUCCUACCCCGAUUCGCAGUCGAGUACUUCGGGUGUAAUCACGAACACCAUGACAGAUUUCCAACCAGCUGCAGAUUCAUCAAAGCCAAUGACAGCACCUGAUCUCUGGGCUAUGAUGACUUUGGGUUGGGGAGGUGACGAUAUGCAUGAUCUCGGAAUAGGGGAAGCGCAAGUGGACUACGGGAGUCUUUGAUGUUCUAGUCAGAUGUGAAUUGCGGUGUAUCGAUCUUGGUUAUCAUCUCCAUUCUAUGGUUUGGUGCUUGUGUGUCAUAUCUCCAUCAAUUAGAAAUCCUGAUGUAAAGAUUGAGUUAUUGCAACUA